AUGAGUAGGCAAGAGAAUCACGAUGGCAGCCGGAUCUCAACUUCCGCCGCGUCGGACCCCAUAGCUCCUCACUCCUCUGACUACGCUCGUUACCCCAGGCUUGAACCCAACGGCGUCACUCCUCCUCUGCCUCCCAUCUCCUGCGAUGCACCGACCACCAUGCCGCCGAAGUUCAAUCCCUACGUCUCUCCUUCACCUGCCCCUAAGUAUACAAUGGCCUCUGUGAAGGACACGCUUUAGAAAAGGGGGAAAAUGGCAGCAAGAUCAAGAGCUACCGAAAGAAGCGAUAAGGAAGAUGUGUAAGAGAAAAUCGAUGCUCACAUAUAUU